CCCGCUGACAUCUAGCCCCGCCCCGGCCCCGACGUCAGAGCAUUCUGCAAGAGAACACAAUAACAGAGAGCGGCGAUCACACUGUCCACCGAGCGCUGACCCGGAGGGAUCCCAGCCCGGGACCGACUAAGAGGGGAUCGCAGACAUGGUGUCACCGGUCACUGUGGUGAAAUGUGAGGGCCCCAAGCUGGUGCCAUUCUUCAAGGCCACCUGCGUGUAUUUUGUGCUGUGGUUGCCAACGUCCAGCCCGUCCUGGUUCAGCGCCCUGAUCAAGUGUCUUCCCAUCUUCUGCCUCUGGGUCUUCCUUUUGGCCCACGGGGUCAAUUUCCUCGUCAGCCACCGGAGCGCCAAGAUGAUCCUGGCCGGGUUAAUCUUCUCGGCCGUCGGCGAUGCCUUCCUGAUCUGGCAGGAACAGGGAUACUUUGUCCAUGGCUUGCUGAUGUUCGCCAUCGCCCACAUCCUUUAUUCCUCCGCCUUCGGAAUGAAGCCGCUGGACCUGCGUGCCGGAGCCGUGGUAGCCCUAAUAUCCAGCUUCUUAUAUUCCCUGUUGUGCAUCUAUCUCACUGGCCCCUUUGUAUACUUGGUGGCGGCCUACACGGCCCUAAUAGCCUUCAUGGGCUGGCGAGCCAUCGCCGGGGUCCAACUUUGCAAUGACCUCUGGACAUGGACCAAGCUCUCGGCCUGCAUCGGCGCAGUUCUCUUCAUCGUGUCCGACCUGACCAUCGCCGUCAACAAGUUCUGCUUCCCCGUCCCUUGCUCUCGAGCCAUCAUCAUGGCCACGUAUUACGCCGCACAGAUGCUGAUCUCUCUGUCCGCAGUUGAGUGCAGGGACGAAGAGGAUUAUCAAAAGAAAAAGUAAGAAAAAAGUACAGAACUAUUAUGGAAACAUGGGGACCUUUUCCCUCUCGCAAAAGGGAUCUUGUCGUCUCCAGUGCAUCGUGAUUUCGCUUCUUUGAAGCUUCGCUGGCACCCUUUAAACUUUGGUUUCGUCGGCGACGCAGCGCCAUGGCCGCUAAAAGAACAGGGUGGCCUGCUCUUUGCAUCGCUUCAGGCUGGGUCAAUGUGAAGCUUUUCUGAACUAUGUUUUGUACAUCAUGCACAACCUUUAAAAUUGUCAUGUCUGUUUCAGAGGGCUUGCUACAGCAACCUAAGCACCCUACGGGCCCCACGUGAAGAUCCCGCGGGGUCAAGAUACCAUGAAACCAAGCUUUCACCCAUCUAUCUUUUUUUUUAUACAAGAAGCUCUUGGCUCGCAAGAUAAUGGCAUGCGCUGGCGCUCCCAAAAAAUAUUUUAAUGGUAGACCGCUGGUCCCCUUGCAUCCCUGGUUUUGUAGAAAUGGAGUAGAGUUGGUAGGACCUCAUAUAAAACUCAAGAAAGAGUUAAAGGGGACCUACGAGGAAGGAAAUAAUGGAGCUGAAACUUCAUCCUGGCUUUGCCACCUACUAACUUGGAACAAGCAAUCAGUCAGAAAAGUCAAAAAAUUCUGAAUUCCCAUCUGCCAAACAUAUUCAGGUCAAUGACUCACUUGGAAGUGAACUAACAGGGAGGUUGACUGCCUCAGGGGCCCCCGGCCCACCUUUAAAUCAAGUGAGCAGUGGCAGAUUCCAUCCCUCUGUCCUCAAAGGUUUCCCUUUAUUUUGAGCAUCUGGUAGUUGCAUAAUAUCAGGUUUUUUAUGCAUAAUUCUUUUUUUCUUUGUUGUGAACUACGGAAACACUGAAGGUCUCAAAUUGCAAAUCACGCACCUGGUAGUGUUGAUAGGGGAGGGGAUACCGCAGAGUGGAAUUGCGCUGACUACAAUGGUGUCUGGAAUCCAAGGUGAAGUUGCCUGACUUCCUUCCACAGGCCUAGAACCUUUGUGGAUUAAUGUAUCAUCUAAAUGGGCAUCUAAAAACGAGGGAAAGUAAAAAGUAAUUUACUUUA